AUGGUGACAGCAAAUGAAGAAUGGAUGGAAGAGUGCAAGAACCGGAGUGAAAACAUUCACAUUCAUUCGGCUGGUGGCAACUGGAGAAACUUUACGAGCGAUGAGACGUCUAAUAAAUAUUUUUGGAUCGAUCGAACGUUCACGUGCAUUGCUGAUCCAGACCAUUUCGCGCUUGUUCGAAUCAACCACAAGAUGGAUUUUCCCUCAGACACAAAAACUAUCACUUGUGGAUCGCGGCGUAAAUGGGUGUACAAAGGUGAAGUCGUUCUCAAUGUUGGAUGCUACACAGGCACACGGAACCGCGGUCGACUUCAACAACUAGCAUUCUUUCCGUGGAAUAUGUGGAAAACUCUUGUUUCAUCAAUACUCGGUGAUGCCACUGGUCCAUACAUUGUUGGAGCUAUAUCGGAUGGAGUACGAAAAGAUCAGCACCACAAGAUCAUUUCGAUUCUCUCGUCAAAGCUUUCUAUUUUCCUGUUGGAGUUUUUGGUC